AUGGCUUUCACUUCGCGAAACCACCAUGUUUACAGAAGUUGGCAAAGCCUCGAAAAGUUUUGUCACCUGUCACCGGACAUUGCGUCGUUCAACAUGAGGGGACCGUUUGCAUGUGCACGUGCGACCGGUAGGUUGUCAUCGACGGCCUUCGGCUGCAUCGCUUCGUUCAGCACCGUUUCACAGAGGAGACGUGAUGAACUAACGUUACAAGGUCAGCGACGUCGACUCGGCAAGCGAACGGCCAAGGUGAAUCAAGGUUGA